UUGGAAGCAAAAAAAAAAAAAACACAGUUCUUCAACAAGUAAACUCUGAACUCCAGAAAACCAUCAGCUAUGAGACAGUCACAGCACUCAUAGCUCCUGAAACGUCGUCGUAAAGCUGGCGCUAACACUCUCUUUAGCUCUCAAGAGGCCUCUUCUUUAUCGCGGCCAGUUCACUGCCGGGAAUCUCCGUUUUAUUCUCUUCUUCCAUGGAUGCAAAUAAUGCUUUGCCCAUUUUGAGCCAACUUUUGUAAUUUUCUAGAAAAUUACUCUUUGUGGAAGCCAAAGUCUUGUUUGUUACCAGAUCUGCUAUUAUCAGCCUUUUCUCUUUCCAGGAUUUUAGAUCAUUCUAUAAAGAAUGGAAAUUGUCACCACUAAACCCUUUAAGUCCUCCUCAAACAUAUCUGAAAUAGUCUCCAAGUUUGCCAAGGUCUGCAAGUUGAGAUCCACUGGUGUGUUUCCCUCUGAAAGCAAUGGCGCGGUUGUUGAGGAAAGCAGCGAUGCCACGACAGAGGAGGCAGAAUGCGACGGUGUGAAGGUGCAUCCCCAGCCCAGUGAACCGAAAAGCGAGGGCAAUGUGUGUGGAGACGCAGAAAUAGUGAAGUUGUUCGAUGUUGUUUCAGCUCUGAAAUUGGCUUAUGUUAAGCUUCAGGAAGCUCACAUUCCCUAUAAUCCGAAAAUGAUUGCAGCCGCAGAUGAGCUUGUUAUGGCUGAGCUCGAAGCACUCUUCAAGAUCAAGCGUGCCUACAAGGAGAAGCAAUUCGGGAAGUUGAAGUCGGAUUCCACUCGCCUUGCUCUCCUGCAGGUGAAAACCGAAGUACAGGAGAGGCUGCUCGAAGAAUUGAAGUCUAAAGUGAAAGCUAAAAACUCUGAGGUCACAUGGUUGGUGGAAGAGCUCAAGGAAUUGGAUGUGGGAAAUGCCAAACUUACUGAGAAGAUUAAGCAGAAAAGUUUGGAAAGGAAGUUUGAAAUUUUUUUGAACAUAGGUGGUUUCCAGAAAGCUUUCACGGCUGCUUCAAAGUCAAUACAUGAUUUCGGAAAGCCAUUGAUUAGCUUGAUGAAAGCUUCUGGUUGGGAUUUAGAUCUGGCAGCAAAGUCUAUUGAAGGGGAAGCUGUUUACUCAAGAAGGUCUCACAAGAAGUAUGCAUUUGAAGCCUACAUUGCAAGGAGAAUGUUUACUGGGAUGUCAUUGAAAAAAUGUGAUGCUGAUUAUGUAAGGAGGUUUGACGACCCGAUUGAUGCUUUGAUCGAGGAUCCCAAAUCAAAUUUUUCAAAAUUCUGUGCGGAGAAGUACCUAUUGGUUGUUCAUCCAAUGAUGGAAGCGUCAUUCUUUGGAAACCUGGAUCACAGGACAUUUGUGUCGAGCGGAAAGCAUCCGAGGACACUAUUCUACCAGAUAUUUGCCAGAAUGGCAAAGUGGGUUUGGGUGUUACAAGGCAUUGCAGGCUCAUUAGAUCCCAAAGCAAAAGCUUUUACUGUCAAAGGAGGCAGUGACUUCUCAGAUGCUUAUAUGGAAUCCGUGGAGGACGACAAGGAAUGCGAAAAUGGUUCGGUUCAAGGCCAACUCAAGCAGAGAGUUGAGUUUAUGGUAAUGCCUGGUUUUAAGAUUGGAGAGACAUUGGUGAAGUCCAGGGUUUAUGUUUCCAAAUUUAUGGAAUCAUCAAAUGGUAAAUACUAGAUGAAGGUGCUAAAACUAACUGGUAAUUUAGCAGAACCUAAUUGUCUCCUGUUUUGAAGAUGUUAAUACUUAGCUCUAGCUACUUAGAAC